AUAAAAAGGAAAGCUGCAAAAAAACGGGAGGGAAAUACUUUCGGUAUUGACUGAGAGGUUUUAAUAGCCGUUGAUGCAUGUCAGAAAACAUAAGUUUUAACAUGCCGGCCCCGUGUUUUGCAGCAAACGGAAAAACUGCUGCGGACCUGAGGCUGCGAUAGGCAGAGACUGAGACACGGCGUGUAUUUCCUGGGAAGGACUUUUGACGCUGGUGGAGUACUGGUUUCAGGCAGUAUAAUUGCUGCAGUUACACGAGAAAUGCUGAAAACGCGUUCAGAGCUUCAUGUUCAAAAACAAAGUUGCUGGAAAAGCUCAGAUAUUAAUUAAAAAUAAUUUGCAGACCAGGAUCACAAAGCAAGUUCUCCAUUAAGCGGAGUGAUCAGGAUGACUCUUUUUUUUAAUGACCCCCACAGGACCUUUCGUGAUCUAAUCCAGUAAGAGUGUGAGCUGCUACAAUGCACGUGCUAGUAAAAGUGGGAAUAAGAGGACAGAUGAGAUGGCUGCUUGGCUGGAGCUAUAACUUGAUGCCUCAGGAAUCUAAACCUUUUGAGACUGUUUGUUUGUUGGUUACUGGGUAAGGUAGGACAUGCACAAGCUUGACCAGUAGUCCUGGGCAGAGCUGGGACAGAUAUUCUUGAUGCUUUUGCUUGUUCCACUGGUGAGGAUUUAAACUCGUAUGACAGGGGAAUGGGAACCAAAGUAUAGCUUUAGCAGUAAAAGACUCAGAUCAGCAAAUGGGACGUGAAAUUAGUUCAUGAUGUUGUCGGUGGCUGAAAGAUUAAAAGAAAGAAGGAUUAAUCAAGAUCAAAUCUCUUUUCAUACAUCAGUCCUGUGAUCCCAGGAAUUGGUCUGGUGAACCGUCUUUAUGAUCAUUCAGUAGCCAAAGCAUCCCUCCUUUGGAAAGGAGAACAAAGGUGCACUCUACUCCAGGUGUGGUCUCACCAAGGCCCUUAGAGAAAGACAUCCCUCUUCCUGUACUCGAAUCCUCUCACAAUGAAGGCCGAAAUAUCAUUUGCAUUCUUCACUACUUGCUGCUGCCAGUUUCCUAAAAGAGAACAGGAGAGAAACACGGAACAAAAUGGGGUCAGACACUGGGGUAACAUUGUUGAACACACUGUCCCGACUGUAUCGGUGCUGGCCAUCAAGCACCUAUUGAAGCUAGGCCCGUUUUCUGGCACUCGGUGUGUAACCUAUAUUAUGGUGCAAUGGAUGAUCAUCUCAACACUUCUUCAAGAUUGCAAUGGUUCCUGCAUCUAUCACCAUUUCAGAUGCUGCCAGAUCUGCUGUGUAUCUCCAUCUUUUUCUGUUUUUAUUUCAGAUUUCAGGUAUUUUGCUGCGUCUUAGUCCUUCAGAAGGAUCAGAGGGUAUGGGGAGAAAACAGGAAUUGGAUUCAUUUUCAGAUGUAUAAAAUGCCUGUCCUGCAUGUCUGUCCAAACUAUCUCUUUUUGUAGUUUUGGGCAAACACUGACAGUUUCCCUUCCCUGAAGGACAUUUAAUGAACCAAUUCAGUUUUACUGAUAAUCCAGCUGUGGCCCUCAGUGUUGGAUCCACAAUUGACCAGAUUAAUUUCUGAGUUUCACAAUCUUUGUGUGUGUGUUCUUCUUCUGGUUUCUCUCUCUCUACUUUUCUGUUUGAAAUUUUGAUUGCAUUCAGAGAAAUCGAACAAAACCACAUCCAGAUCUGACACUGCAAUCUGUUGUCAUAACCUAAUUAUCUCAAGAUUUUGAACAUUGAAGGAAGAAGCACUGUUCACACCAGGGAGAAAUGCGUAUUGUCCGUGUGUCAGAGUCUGUGAAGAUUCAUCUGAAAUGUUCAAACACCAGUGCAGUCACAGUGGGGAGAGACUGUGGAAAUGUGGGGAUUGUGGGAAGGGAUUUAUUUACCUAUCCCAGCUGGAAAUGCACCAACGCAGUCACACUGGGGAGAAACUGUUCGGUUGCUUUGAUUGUGGGCUGGGAUUCACUCAGUCAAACAACCUGCUGAAACACCAGCGAGUUCACAGUGGGAAGAGACCGUUCACCUGCUCUAUUCGUGGGAAAGGAUUCGCACAGACAUCUCACCUGCUGAAACACCAGCGAAUUCUCACAGGAGAGAGGCCAUUCACUUGCUCUGUAUGUAGGAAAGAAUUUGCUUUGUCAUCCAGCCUGUUGACACAUCAGCGAAUUCACAAUGGGGACAGACUGUUCACCUGCUCUAUUCGUGGGAAAGGAUUCGAUUUGUCAACCAACCUGCUGAGACACCAGCAAGUUCACACCGAAGAGAAAUCAUUCACCUGUUCUGUGUGUGGGAAAGGAUUCACUCAGUCAUCCUCUCUGCUGGAACACCAGCAAGUUCACACUGGGAAAAGACCGUUCAUCUGUUCUGAAUGUGGGAAAGGAUUCACUCGCAAUUCUAAACUAUUGGUACACCAGCGAGUUCACACUGGAGAGAAACCGUUCACAUGUUCCGAGUGUGGGAAGGGAUUUGCUCACUCAACCAACCUGCUGAGACACCAGCGAGGUCACUCUGGGGACAGACAAUUCACUUGUUCUAUGUGUGGAAAGGGAUUCACUCAAUCAUCCAAACUGCUAACACACCAGCAAGUUCACCACAACCACAUUUGAAGGAUUUUGCUUUUAAAUCAAGGAACUUUGAUCUUUGGCCUGUUUGUACUUGUGUCAUUCGUCCCUGCUCAAAACUUGAUCUUCUCUUGGGAAAUAAGGUAGGGCAGGUGACUGAGGGGUCAGGGGGAGAAAUAUUUUGGGGCCUAUGAUCAUAGUUCUAUUAGUUUUAAAAUAGUUAUGGAGAAGGAUAGACUUGGUCUAAAAGUUAAAGUUUUAAAUGUGACUAAGGCUAAUUUUGACACUAUUAUGCCCCUUAAAAGCACAGUAAGACUGCCUAUGUAUGGGAAUGCGCAAGAUGGGUGAGAUACAAAACAAGUAUUUUACAUCAGUAAUUACUGUGGAAAGGGAUAUGAAAGCUAGAGAACUUAGAAAUGAAUGUGUAUCUUGAAAAGUUCCAUGUUGUAGAGGAGGUUGUGCUGGAUGCCUUACAGACCAUAAAAGUGGAUAAAUCCCCAGGACCUCUUCAGGUGUAUUCUCCAACUUUGUGGGAAGUUAGGCUUGCGAUUGGGCCCCUUGCUCAGAUAUUUGCACCAUUGACAGUUGUAGGUGAGCUGUUGGACGGGAGGUUGGCUAAUGUGGUGCCAUUGUUUAAGAAAGGUGGUAACAUAAAACCAGGGAACAAUAAACUUUUGACGUCAGUUGUGGGUAAGCUUUUGGAGGACAUUCUGAGGGAUAGGAUUUACAUGUAUUUGGAAAGCAUGGACUGAAUGGGGAUAGUCAACAUGGCUUUGUCCACAGGAAAUUAUGUCUUACUAACUUGAUUGAGGUUUUUUUUUGAAGAAGUUACAAAGAAGAUUGAUGGCAGACUGGUGGAUGUUUUCGAUAUGGAUUUCAGUAAGUAAAAUUCCGCAUGGUAGACUGAUUAACAAGGUUAGAUCACAUGGAAUCCAGGGAGAGCUGGCCAUUUGGAAAGGCCUUUGACCUGCAGUAUGCUGCAAGGAUUGGCACUUAGUAACUAUAAAUCCUACAUUCACAUCCAAAUCAUCUUUAUAAAUGACAGAAAGGAGUGGACCCAGCUCUGAUCCUUGCGGCACACCACUGGUCACAGGCCUCCAGUCUACAAAGCAACCCUCCACCAGCACUCUGUCUUCUACCUUCAAGUCAGAUCUGUAUCCAAAUGACUGGUUCUCUCUGUAUUCCAUGUGAUCUGACCUUGCUAAUCAGUCUACCAUGAGGAGCCUUGUCAACUGCCUUACUGACAUCCAUAUAGAACACAUCCACCUCUUUGCCCUAAUCAAUUCUCUUUGUUCCUUCUUAAAAAAAAUCAAGUUAGUGAGACAUGAUUUCCUACACACACAUGCAUGUUGCCUAUCCCUAAUCAGUCCUUCCCUUUCCAAAUAUUUCAAGUACUAUCCCUCAGGAUUCCCUCCAACGACUUGCCCACCACUAAUAUCAGGCUCACUGGCCUAUAGUUCCCUGGCUUUUCCUUACCACCUUUCUUAAAUAGUGGCAUCACACUAACCAACUUCUGGUCCCUCAUCUGUGGCU